GCCCUGUGGAACUAUACUAUCAGUGCUGCUCCUUCAAAAUAAAAGCCCAUGUGGAACUAAACCAUGAGUGCUACUCCUUCAAAAUAAAAGCCCUGUGGAACUAAACCAUGAGUGCUGCUCCUUCAAAUUAAAAGCCCUGUGGAACUAUACAAUGAGUGCUGCUCCUUCAAAAUAAAAGCCCAUGUGGAACUGAACCAUGAGUGCUACUCCAUCAAAAUAAAAGCCCUGUGGAACUAUACUAUCAGUGCUGCUCCUUCAAAAUAAAAGCCCUGUGGAACUAUACUAUCAGUGCUGCUCCUUCAAAAUAAAAGCCCUGUGGAGUUAUACCAUGAGUGCUGCUCCUACAAAAUAAAAGUCACAGGAGAAAAAACAGAAACUACGCUUUAAAUCUUAAACUGAACUUAACCCAUUUGGAAUCUGAACAAAAUUAAGACCAAUAUUUCAAAUUCUUUAGACACAAGUUGAACACGAAGCAAAAGAUAUUUCCUUAUUCCAGGUUGGUCCAGAUUCUCAUUUGGAUGAUAAACGACAAAACAAAGUGCAGAUAUUUGUCUCAAAAUAUGAGAUUUUCAAACAAAAUUCUCCUCAAUCUGAAAAUGUGUCUGUUGGAUUUGACAGUACUGUUUUAGAAGACAAAAUGGAGCCAGAAAACAUCCCUGAGAUACAACAACAAAAUGAACUUAAUGAGAAUUCCACCUUAAAUGAUGGAUUGCAAAAUAAUCAGGACCUUUCUGCUUCUAAAAAUGACGAUUCCACCUUAAAAGAUGAAUCCACUGGUUCGAAUGAGAUAUGCGUUGGCGUAUCUCAGAUGGGAAGGGAUGGAGAUGACAAUUCCGCCUUAAAUGAUUGUGGAUUGAAUGAUCCCGAAGCAGGAGAAUCGGAUAAGAACAAACUUGAGCUAGAAAUGACUAAAGUAAGUAAUAAUUCCAAUACCUUAAAUGACGACGUAAAGGAUUUAAGUAAAGGUGGAAACUGUGAUCUAAACAAGUCGAAACUAGAAGCUGCUGGGGAGCUUUCCACCUUAAAAGAAGCUCACGAUCCUACUUCAGAAGACCAGAUGACGGCAGAAUGUCUUCGUGAAAAUGAACAAGAGGUUGGCGAAUCUGAAAAAGAACCAGAUUUUUUACAAAUAUCUGAAAAUUUAGUUGAAAAAGACGAUGUACAAUCAGAAAAAACAGAAGUGAUGAUGCCUUCUUCAGAGCGGGUACAUUGUUCGGACGAAGUUGGCGAAGCUUCGGGAACUUCGUCUGAGUCAAAGAUCGAAAUAAAGGAAGCUGAAUGUGCUUCUGUCGAUCAAAAACAAACCCCGCCUACUCCGGAUAUGACAAACCCCGCCCCUUUAACAGUAGCCCCGCCCACUUUGGACCAAACCACGCCCACUUUGUCGGAAAACCCACUUUCUUUUCAAACCGCACCUUCUGACGCCGAAACUCCUUUUGAGCUUCCCGCGCCCACGUCAGACCAGGCCCCGCCCUCGUCCGCCGAGCUGCCGUCGCCCGCCCCCUGUCUCCGCGGUUACCUGCUGAAAAGGGGCGGGGCUCUGAAGGCGUGGAAGCAGCGCUGGUUCGUGUUCGAGGAGGACAGGAACUCGCUGGUUUACUACAGGACGCCGCGCGAUGUGACGCCGCUGGGGCAGGUGUGUCUGAGCUACGCCUCGUUCACCUGCGAGGGGGCGGAGCCAGGCGUCUUCUACCUGCACACACCUGAGAGGACCGUCGCACUGAAGGCUCAGAGUGACAAGCUGAAGUUCUACUGGCUCCAACAGCUGCAGCUCCAGCGAUGGAUACGCACACCUACGAAGGAUAUGACAGAUACUACUAAUACUGCCAGUACUGCUGCUUCUCAUGCAACAGAGGCAGAGCUGUUCCCUCAGCUACAGUGUUCAAAGGAGGUGAACACAGAAGAAGUUUCAAGUCAACCUCUUCUUCUUCAGUUCAGCCUCAAGCAUCCUUUCAUCGAGCUACAGAACAGUCUGAAGAAACGUUCAUCGACUGAGGUGUCCCAGAGCGUCUUCCACAUACCAACCCCGCCUCCAACUCCGCCCACGACAUCAUCAGCCAAUCAUAGCGCAGGAAAAGCACCAGCGACUGGGAGCAAGGCGACCAAUGACAACAAAGGAGAUUCCACAGCGGCCAAUAGGAAUACAGAAGUGACGCUAACCAAUCAGAAUACAGGAAUAGAAGAAGAAAGUCGAAAAGAAGAAUCGUCAGUCAGUCUGAGCAAAGAUUUGACGACAGACGAUCAGGACACACGACAAGAUCUCAAAUCUACCAAAACAAAGUCCAUUUCAGGACAUGUUCAGACCACGCCCACACCGUCAAAAGCCACGCCCACACCACCGAAAGCCACGCCCACACCGUCAAAAGCCCCGUCCACUACCGCCCAAACCUCAACAACUUUAGGUCACGUGACUCUGAGGAGGAGGAGCCGCUCGUUCCUCAGGAGAAACACCUCGUCAUGGACCGAGAGGAGUAGACUGCAGCAAGAACUACAGGACCAGAAGGACUUGGUGGCGGUUCUUCAGAAGGCGUUGAAUAUGUGUCAGUCUGAGAAGCGGUCUAGUAGACUGGACCAGCAGGAUCAUAACCAGACUGAGGAGGACCGGGAUCUGAGGAGGCGCCUGUUAGAGACCCAAGUCCAGCUCGAGGACCUUCAGACCAGCCUGAACCAGAAGGACCAAAUCAUCAAGGACCUGAAGAAGGAAAUCCGAGAACUCAGCGAGAAGAACAUCGCCAAACAGCAGGUGAUUGAGAAGUUGUCCUUGUCCGUGACCCAGUGGUCGGAGCAGAACUCAGACGUGGACCUGCAGAGCGUCCAGACCCUGAUCCUGCAGAACCAGAACCUCCAGGACGACCUGAGAGCCUUCAGGAACCAGAACUACUUCCUCAACUCUGAGAUCCACCACCUGAGCGGACUGUGGAGGACCAGCACGGAGGGCCAGAGGGUCCUCAUGAACAAGGCCUCGGUCCAGAGGGAGCAGCACCUGAGGUUCCUGAGGGAACUGCAGGAGGUCAGUCUGAGGGACGGGCCCCAGAGUGAGGCCCUCAGAAGGCUCCUCCAGGACACUCUGAACCAGGAGCAGAGCCAGGAGCACAGUUCAGUCCAGGUCAACAGGGAACGGGACCAGUACGGGUUUCCUCUGGUACAACACUUUGAGGUGGAAGAUAUUACACUACUGGCCAAGAUCCAGGCUCCAGAUUUGAGGACUCAGCAGAACCAGGAUGCCAUUGAGCGCCCCCUUGUGGCUCGGUGGGAGCAGCACAUGUCCAGUUGCCGCGGUAACUUAAGCGCUUCCCCGGAACUGAAGAACCUGAUCCGGACUGGAAUCCCGUCCCACUUCAGGCCCCAAGUCUGGAACUGGAUCAUCCGGACGCGGACUCAGAGGGACCAGGACCCACUCCAAUACCAGCAGGUCUGUGAGCAGAUGGAGUCCACCCCACAGUCCAGACCCUGGUCCAGGCAGAUCGAUCUGGACUUGCCCCGGACGCUCUGCACCAAUCACAACUUCAGCUCUCCCUCAAGCCCCGCCCUCCAGCAGCUCCGGAGAAUCCUGUUGGCUUUCAGCUGGGAGAACCCGUCCAUAGGGUACUGCCAGGGCCUCAACAGGAUUGCUGGACUGCUGCUGCUGGUCCUGGAGUCUGAGGAGGACACGUUCUGGGGUCUGAAGGCCGUGGUGGAGAACAUCAUGCCUCCAGACUACUUCACCCCCAGCCUGGUCGCGUCGCAGGCAGACCAGCUGGUGCUAAAGGACUUCCUGAGUGAGAAGCUGCCCCGUCUCUCCUCUCACGUGGACAAGUGCGGCGUGGACGUGUCCUCCGCCACCUUCACCUGGUUCCUGGUGGUGUUCGUGGAGGUCCUGCCCAGCCACAUCCUCCUGCCGCUGUGGGACACCUUCCUGUACGAGGGCAGCAAGGUUCUGUUCCGGUUCUGCCUGGCCAUGUUUAAGAUGAAGGAGCCAGAGAUCCUCCAGCUGUCCACGAACCUGGAGCUCUACCAGUACUUCAGGAUCCUGCCCAAAACGGUCCUGGACUACAGGAGGCUGUCGACCAUCGCGUUUGACGAGCUGAACCCGUUUUCCCGCCGCGCCGUGAAGAAUCGACGCACGCUUCACCUGGAGCGCCUCCAGAGGGAGCUGUGUGAACUGCGACGCCAGCAGCAGCUCUUCAUGUCCCAGCGCAGCCUCCGCAAGAGCACGGACGAAGAGGAGGGAGCGGAGGGAGCGAAGGAGGAAGAGGAGGAGGAGGUGUUUGACAACAACAGCGAAGACGAAUACACGGUGUCAUGCAUAUGAGAAAAAAGUACUUGAGUAAAAGUCAAGAGUACUCUACAGUGUUGUGUAUAUGAGAAAAUGUCAAGUACUCAAGUAAAUGUCUGAUAUUCGAGUUAAAGUCAAGUACUCAGGUAAAAGGCAAGUACUCAAGUAAAACUCAAGUACUCUGGUAAAAAUCAAAUACUUGAAUAAAAGUCAUGGGUACUGUAAAUGUCAGAUAUUCAUGUAAAAGUCAAGUACUUGAGAGAAAGUCAAGACAUGUACUUAUUUAGUUCUUUAAAAGCGUGUACUUUUUUGGAUAAAUGUCACAUAUUAUGCAUUAUUUGCUUGUCAAACAGCACCUUUGCUUUGGUAACUCAUAUUUAAAACUUAAAAUAAUGUAUUUUUUUAUGAACCAGACUUUAUUUUCCAGCUUGGGGGCUCCCAAUACUGACAUCUGGUGGAGCAACUGGCAACAAAGGGAAUUACCGUGAGGAUAAAACUGAAUUCAUGAACCCAAUUUGACAGCAGAAAUACUCAAAAAGAAGUCGAAUGAUUUACAGACUUAAAUACUCUUCAGGGUUUUUACUUAUGACAGCACAAUCCUGGGGAAAUUCAGUGUUCAGUGACCACAGGGAGCAGAUUUACUAAACAAGAUUCAUUGAACUAGUGUGAAGCAACUGAAUACAACUCCAGGUUUGCUUUUAGUACAAUAAUAUGUGUCCUUUAAGUCAUGUACCUGAGUAGAAACUUUGUACUAGAGGUCUGAACGGGACAGGAUUUUCAGUCCCACUCCGGCCUAGCCAGGUUAGCGCCACCUAGUGCCUCUGUUCAAUUUCAUUUCUCUUGAGAGACUAGGUCAGGAAUUGGAAUACACUAAAUCAAGGGUGUCAAACAUACGGCCCAGGGGCUUUAAUCUGGCCCUCCAAGACCUUUAAUCUGGCCCUCGGCUGGUUUUCUAUUAAAAUAUUUUAAUUAUAUUUUCUUUUAAAAUAUUGGUAAUUUUCUGCGCCACUGAGCAUAUCAGCAUCUCCAGUGUCUCUGUACGUGGCCCCUCCCACCAGAGCAGCACAAAUGAAGACUUGUCUCUUUCCAAAUGCUCUUAAAGGACGAUCGUUUUGACUGUUGACCGUGACACCCUCAUCAGCAAAAUGUCAAAAAUGAGAAAAGUGGAGUGCAGGAUUUUCCAAGAAAAAUGGACUUAUCCCUAUUUGGAUACAAGUUCAUGUUAAAACAUUGUGUUGAAAUUACAAUUUUCUUAAAGUUUCAGGUUGUUCAUAAUAUUAUAAUAUUUUGUAAAAGAAAAUGGGCUCUACUUUGUACGUGAAAUAAAGUUACCUAUACAUGACCGAAACAAGUAAAAAAAACAUGGGGCAAAAUGGGCACGUGUAUUUGGGUAAAAGUAGUAUGAAACAAAAUACAUAAUAAAAUACGUACUUUUACAGUUACUAUCCAACAGAUCUUUCAUUGCCAAAGCUACACAUGUUUUUGUAUUUUACACUAAAGCUUCUGCUGCUAUUGCUGCACCUGCCUCUGUUACAGCUGUGGGCAGGGUGGCUCCAGUUCUUACUCACUCGGAGACUUGUGGAGGAUGAUCGUGUUUUAAUAACAGUAAAUGAAUGUUUGUUUAGACUUUGUUUUGUGUCUGUGUAAUCCCUCAGUCGUCCAGGUAGGAUCCACGGCAAAAGAAAGAUUCAAUUUUGUCAACUAGAUGCAAGUUUUGGUGGAUACUGUCUUAUUUCUGCCUGAAGUGAGGAGCUAACUACACUGAGACUACUGUAAAACUAACACACCAAUUUGUUUACAUUUUGAGUUUGUUAGUUGGGUUUACUGAACUGCUAUUUUUGUUUUGAUUUAGGUCUGAGGAUGGACUUAAAAUAGGAGAGAGAUGAUGUUAAAGACCCUUUUUUGUUCAAAUAUGGAUUGUCUUUCCUAACAAAAAUAGCCUCUUUAACUCCCCUCUCAAAUUUUUUAUUUUUUUUUUCCCUCUGGCUCAGAUCUUUAAAUCACUAUCCUCAAAGGAGUGGGGAGAUGUACAGCAGACUGUGGUCCUGUGCUGCUAUCUCGUCUGUGCUGGUACAUUCUCUUAUGAUUUUAUUUUUUCCUUUUUGCGUUUAUUUUUAUUAAUUUAUUGUCUUGUCUGUGGUUGUAAUUUAACCAAAAACUGAACCUGUCAAGCCUCUAAAUUACCCAGUAACUUCGGGAGUCCAUGUUUUUUUCACAUUUAACACAUAAGGGCAUACGUAAUACUGUAUAUAUGUCAACUGCAUGAAUAUAUUUAUGUAUAAAUGUGUGCCUUGUGGGAUUAUAAUUAAAAAUUGUGGAAAAAAUAAAACUGAAUUGAUUAAUUGA